UCUGAUCAGACAAGGAAAAUAAAAGAACCGGCCAGCGGUUUUCUGAAACCCCGUGUUUUUUUGUUUUGUUUUUCGUUUUAAUCUCCGGGAAACAGGUUAUUUUCUUUUUCUUCGAAAAAAAAUUGGAAAAGAAAUUUAUGUUUGGCUGGAUAGAAAAAGCUUUUGAAGUACUUUGCUUCGGUAUAGGAAAAUGUGAACAGAUCUGAGGAACAGUGUAAGAGGAGAGUUCUUUCCGGGCUGUGUAUUUGGAAGUUACAGUUGACUGACUUCGAGUUUCUGUUAAGUAUAAUUUAAUAUUUGCAUGGACAAAAAUCCGGGUGUUACAGUAAUAGGAGCAGAAGCUCCUUCGGCUUAUCAAAUGGCGCCGAGAACCGAAAAUGCCAACCAGAAUGGCAGUGUCUCGACAGCGGUGGAUGUUACACCAGUUAGUGUAGGGUUAACUGGUAGCAUAGAAAAGAAAAAGAGAGGUAGACCUAGGAAAUACGGGCCCGACGGGAUGAUGGCGAGGGCAUUGUCGCCCAUGCCUAUUUCCUCGUCUGCCCCACUCGGCGAGUUCUCGAGUAAUGGCGGAAAGCGCGGGAGAGGGCGAGGUAGCGGGUACCAUAUUAAGCAUCACAAGGGACUGGACAUGGAGAAUUUAGGUGAAUGGGCUGCUUCUUCGACUGUCGGGGCGAAUUUUAUUCCUCAUGUUAUCACGGUCAAUGCCGGUGAGGAUGUUACGAUGAAGGUAAUUUCGUUUUCUCAACAAGGACCGAGAGCUAUCUGCAUCAUAUCUGCUAAUGGAGUAAUUUCAAAUGUUACACUUCGUCAGCCCGAUUCUUCUGGGGGCACUCUGACGUACGAGGGUCGCUUCGAGAUACUUUCCUUGUCCGGGUUCUUCAUGCCUACAGAAACUCAAGGAACAAGAAGCCGAUCCGGCGGGAUGAGUGUAUCUUUGGCAAGCGCUGAUGGCCGUGUUGUAGGAGGAGGAGUUGCUGGCCUUCUGAUAGCUGCCAGUGCUGUACAGGUUGUGGUGGGCAGCUUCUUACCGGGAAACCAGAAUGACCAUAAACCCAAGAAGCAGAAAAUUGAGUCCAUCCCAGCGACUGUUGCGCUGAACCCAAGCAUUGUCGCUGCACCGGCCUCCAAUGCCGAAAAAGAGGAUGUCAUAGAUGUAGUUUCGCCCCAACAAAAUUCCAAUGCCCUGAAACCAAACCUCGCUACUGCCACCUUCCAUAGAGAAAAUUGGGCGACCGCCAAUCAAGAUCCAAGGAAUUCGGCAACCGAUAUCAACAUUUCUUCGCCUGCAGGUUAAUCCGAUAAAAUUACAUUCGAUCAUCUUGGACUCGUGAGGCGGAGUAGAUUAAAAGCCCCUGAUAUUUCUUUCAUCAAAGAGUAGAGAGUGUUAAUGUGUUGUCGAAUGUUUUAAUGUAGGAUAAAGUAGGGUUUAACAUUCCUCCUGAUAGAUAUCCAGCUACGUUUUAGUGUCUCGGGCAAAGACAUACAUUGGUUUUUUCUUCUUUACCCUGAUUGAUGAGAACUGCCCUAGAUCCUCGAUGAUCUCCAAGUUAUGUAGUGAAAUUUUCA